GGAAGCCCAUCCGGAAGAAAAAUCUCGAUCGUGUCGCUCCGGAGCAAACGAAAGCGCGUUGUCGCGUGUCACAUGCGAAUAGGCGAAGAUCUUCGAAAUUUCCGACGAAAAUGGCUAUGCACGUGCCGAAAGCUCCCGGUGUAGCGCAAAUGCUCAAGGAUGGAGCACGCUACUUUUCCGGUCUCGAAGAAGCUGUAUAUAGGAAUAUAACAGCCUGUAAACAAUUAGCGGAUACUGUGAGGAGCGCAUAUGGUCCUAAUGGCAUGAAUAAGAUGGUAAUUAAUCAUAUUGAGAAGCUGUUUGUGACCAAUGAUGCGGCGACAAUUAUCAGCGAGCUGGAAGUGGAACAUCCAGCUGCACAGUUGUUAGUCCUAGCAUCAAAGAUGCAGGAAGCGGAAGUGGGAGACGGGACGAACUUUGUCAUCAUCUUUGCCGGAGCGCUGCUACAUAAUGCGGAAGAGCUGCUUCGUUUGGGAAUUACAACUUCCGAGAUAGUCGAAGGUUAUGAAAAUGCCCUGGCGGAUGCGCUGGUAAUUUUACAGUCCUUGGUUGUGCACGAGGUGACGGACGUGCGCAACGAGGAGCAGGUGAAGAAAGGGAUCAGGACCACUGUCAUGAGCAAGCAGUAUGGGAACGAGGAUAUUCUUGCGUCUCUCAUCAGUCAGGCUUGCAUUUCCAUUCUACCGGAGAAAACAACGUUCAACGUCGACAACGUGCGAGUUUGCAAAAUACUCGGCGGCGGGCUGAACAACUCCCAGGUGGUGCAAGGCAUGGUGUUCAAACGCCAGGUCGAGGGAGACGUCACGACGAAGACCAGUGCCAAGAUUGCGGUUUACACCGGUGCCAUAGACAUCACACAGACCGAGACGAAGGGCACUGUAUUGAUAAAGACCGCGGACGAGCUGAUGAAGUUCUCGCGAGGCGAGGAAUCAUUGCUGGAGAACCAGAUCAAGGCGAUCGCCGAGAGCGGCGCCUCGGUGGUGGUGGCCGGAGGGAAGUUCGGCGACAUGGCUCUGCAUUACAUGAACAAGUACAACUUGAUGGCUGUCCGCAUACCGAGCAAAUUCGACCUGAGGCGACUUUGCAAAUCCGUUAGCGCCACUGCGCUUUCGAAACUGGUACCUCCGUCGUCCGAAGAAUUAGGAUACGCCGAUACGGUGUACAUCGACGAGUUGGGGGACACCAUAGUCGUAGUGUUCAGAUUGGACGGGAAAGAGAGCCGCAUCAGCACGGUGCUCGUGCGUGGUUCUACCGAGAACUACAUGGACGACAUCGAACGCGCGAUCGACGACGGCAUCAACACGUUUAAGGGCAUCACGAGGAACGGCGCAUUUUUACCGGGUGCGGGCGCCACGGAAAUCGAGUUAGCCGCGCAAUUGGCCUCGUCCGCCGACAUGAUGCCCGGCCUGCAGCAAUACUCUACGCGCAAAUUCGCCGCUGCUCUGGAGGUAUUCCCCAAGACGUUGGCCGAGAGCAGCGGCACUCACGCAUCCGAAGUUCUAUCCAAGUUAUACGCGGCGCACAAAGAGGGAAAGAAGAACUAUGGCUUUAACAUCGACGGCGCAGGAGCGUCGGCCUUGAUAGACACCGUCGAGGCGGGCAUCUUGGAUUUGUAUUUGACAAAAGAAUGGGCGAUGAAGUACGCAGUAGGCGCGGCGUGCACCGUCCUCAAAGUGGAUCAGAUCAUCAUGGCGAAACGGGCAGGCGGCCCGAAAGCUCCGCCGGGAGGUGUUCGAGAGGAGGACGAUUAAUGGAACGCAGAACGACGCAGCGUGACCAGACAUUUUUACGUUUAAUUUAAUUUAGCAUUGCCUUUAUGCAAGUUUCGAUGUAUUCAGAAUAUCGGUGGAAUAUAGCGAGUAAAAGUGAAGAGUUUGGUGUUUGUACUCGCCGCUUAAUUCCACAUACGUGGAAAUACGAAAGAGUCAUGUAUCGUGCUUUUUCUAAUGCACAGCGGUUCGUUUCCUGGGGAUGAGCAGGAAUUUCUACGAUUUUAUAUUUGCACCCGAUACAAAUUCCGACACAAAAUCCGUCAAAUUCUAACGGGAAUAUUUAAUAAAAUUGUUACACACUA